AUGGACAUCGGUGAGGGAGGCGUCUGGCCGAUCAUUGCGGCGGACCAUAUUGAUCGUCUUUUCACAUUAUGGCACGACCACCGAGUCCUGGUCGUCCCCGCGCUUUGUGCCGUGGUUGCAAUUGUAGCCUACACAUUGCGUAGGAAGAAGGAGACAGUCUCUCGACCGACCUCACCUGCUGCGGAAGAGAAGGCGGACUGGAUCAAACAUGAUGCACGCGUAGGCGAUGCCAAAGAGUCUGUUCGGAUACUAAGCAAGAAGCCCACGAGACAGACUGCCGCAAGAGUUGUGUCUGGGAGAAAACCUCCCACCAAGACCAAGUCCACUUCAAAGAGCAGCGAGACUACCAUAAAGCCGCUCAUAUUCUACUGUUCCUUGACGGGCACCACCGAAAGGCUGUCCAAAGAGGUCCUCGAGACCCUCACUACCCUAGGCAGUACAGACACCACAAUCGCCCAACCAGAAGUUCAUGACCUCUCAUACAUCGAACUCGACGACUACUUCAUCUCAGGCCCUCGUCAGAGCCCGAAGGACAAACAUGUCCGCUACUUCUACGUCCUGCUCGUACCCUCCUACGAUAUCGAUACCAUCAUGACCAACUUCCUCGCUCACCUCGACGAAACACACAACGAUUUCAGGAUUGAUACUGCGCCCUUGUCGUCUCUAGCAGGGUAUUCGGUAUUCGGCGUCGGCGACAGAGAGGGCUGGCCGAGUGAGGAGCAAGGUUUCUGCUCACAAGCAAUAGAGGUAGACAAGUGGAUGGCGAAGUUGACGCAGCGGAAGCGCGCGUACCCAAUCGGCAUGGGAGAUGUCAAGAGCGAUGUGAAGGAGGCUUUGGCUUCGUGGUGCGCUGGUCUGAGUAACACACUCGCUGAGCUUGCCACACGUGGCGACCUCGGUGAAGGAGUUCCCGGUAGCGGCGAUGCAGUGGAGAGCGAUGUGGAAGAGGACGCCGACUUCCCAGACAACAACCGCAAGAAGCGUCAGAAGGUCAGCGCGAGCAUAGACGUCGAAGACGUUGGCGGAAGUGCUCGUGCCCCUCUAGCCAUCGACUUCACUACCUCCUCCCAACCUGCCACCACCUCCACCACCUCAACCCUCAAGCCCAUGGUCCCCAAAUCCUCCCCAACCUACACCGCUCUGACCAAACAAGGCUACACCAUCAUCGGCACGCACUCCGGCGUCAAGAUCUGCCGCUGGACCAAAUCCGCCCUCCGCGCCCGCGGCUCCUGCUACAAGAACUCCUUCUACGGCAUCGCUCCCACCUCUGCAUGGAAACCACCCCGUCCUUAUCCUGCAGCAACAAGUGCGUCUUCUGCUGGCGCCACGGCACCAACCCCGUAUCCACGACUUGGCGAUGGGAAGUCGAUCCCCCGGAUAUGA